UAGGCAGUAUAAUGGCCCCAGGGGAUGGCUCAUGGAUCCUUUCAGUUGCCGGUCGCUGGUUUUAUGGCAACCUCAGUAUUUCCCGCCCUCUUUGGCCUCGCCCUUCAUUUGACUUUCAGAACAGGACCAUCAGGCUUACGUGCUUACAGAAGCCAACUGUAUUUGAAUAUAAAGAUGGAGGGAGAGGAGGACUGGACGAAUCGGUUGGUUAUGCCAAUGAUCUGAUGCUCAUUGCCAGACGCCAUUUAAAUUUCACUGAUGUUUUGGUGCCGAGCGACGGUUUUGGGAACAAGGACAGAAAUGGCAAAUGGGAUGGCAUGAUCGGAGUUCUUCAGCGCAAGGAAGCGGACAUAUCUCCUCUAGACUUUACUCCAAGCUAUGACCGCUCAGAAGUUGUUGAAUUUGGUUAUCCAAUUGGAGAGGACAUCAUUCUCAUUCUUUCUAAAGCACCUGUAAAAAUUACCAGACCAUUUCUUUUGCUUCAGAUAUUUUCUUUGCAGGUUUGGGCGUGCAUCAUUGGCUCUGCAUUGGUAUUGGGUGUAACUUUAGAGAUUCUGGUAAAAAUUGAGUCCACAGUGAAUCACAAGUCCAGCUUGAAAACAUUGUUCAUGAAACAGGUUGAAAAUUCUCUGAAGAUUUUUGUGUAUCAGGGUAGUGACUACUGGCCAACUGGAGUUGCAGGUCGCUUAGCUUCAGUCUGUGGGUUUUUAGUGGCUCUGGUUGUGUGUUCCCUGUAUACAGGAUCAAUCACAGCUUUCUUUGCUAUACCAUUCAGAUCCAAGCCUAUUGAUUCAGUUGAUGACUUGUUGCGCAGCAGUGUACGACUAGCCAUCAGAAGCAAAACAAAUACAUAUUCUACUAUGGUGCUUGAUGAAAAUGGAAUCUUAUAUAAAGGACGUGAUCGAGUCAGCCUUUUCUCAGGGACGGAAAUUAGUACGUGGGAAUUUUUCCGGAUUAUUGCUGAUGGCACAUUUGCCCUAGUUGAUGUGUAUAGUUCAGCAGUUGGAAGUGCCAAUUCAUUUGAGAAGCGUAAUGAGAAAUGUAAAUUCUACAUUGGCAAAGAAGCUGUUAGGACUGAUGCUGAUGUUUUUGCUUUCAUGAAGAAUAGCCCAGUAUUUUACCAGUUUGACAACAUUAUGCAGUGGCUUCGAUACUUUGGCAUCAUUGAACACACCAAGAAAAGGUAUUAUUCUGCAGCUUGUGAGGUCAAGGAUUCCUCAGAUGUUAUCAAACCGAUGUCUGUCAUUCAGGUUCAGGGCUCCUUCUACAUACUUGGUAUUGGACUAUUGGUUGGGUUCUUCAUCUUCUUGGUUGAAAUCAUGUGGUCAAAAGUUCUGUGAUAUACAUCUGUCUGUAGUAGCAUCUCCAGUCAGAUAAUCUGAACCAACAUCUGACUUGCUUAGAUCAACAGUAACUCUUGAUCAACAUUCUCAAUACAUAGUAACAAGUCCUUUGUAACAUAAUGUAUAAGUUAUCUAACAUUAGUCUGUUAAGGAUUAGUAAUGGGUUAGUAAUUGAUGUAUGCCAGAACUGCAGAUCUUUCUCAGUUAGCAUACUGGUAGUUUUAAUCCAUUAUAUGAUUUUCUACCCUUGUUGUGGUUGUGAACUAAAAUGUCAAUAAAUAUUAAUCAAAGAGAUGCCUUAUGACAAUUUUGCAGCUAUACCCCAAAGGCACUGAUAUCAAGAUCAUUUUGCUUCCUGGACUCUUACCACCUUGCCAAGGGAUAGGGAUUCAUAAAUUAGAUGCUCAAACUUAAAUUAGCCAUGCCUUGUCACCUUUUAGCGCCUUAUUUUGCUCUGUACCUAGUAGGAUUGACCUUUAAGCAAGGCCCCCUGCGUGCUCAUUCCUAUAGUAAUAUUAAGAAUUUGAGCAGCCAGCAUGUCUAAGCCAGGCAAAAGAAUUAUGAAGAAUUUUGCCCUUAAUGCUGGAUUUGAUUUUGAUGGACUGAUAACCCUUAAGCCACUGAAAGCAAGGAGGUCUCCUAGGGUGGUCAGCAUUAGAAAAAUUUGGUCUGACCAUCGUAACAGAACAACAAAGAAAGGGAAAGAACCUGACAGCUAACCCAGCUUUGAUUUU